AUGGGUAAAUUUAGUAAUAAUAAGAAGCAAAACGCUGAUAAGAAGAUCGAAGAUAUCGAGAAGGACUUACAAUUGCCCGAAUCUAGUGAAGAAGAAUUGUCAGGCGAAGAAGAAGGUGCCGAGAUCGGCGAUGAGAGCGAUGAGGAUAGUGAAGAAUUGGAAGGAUUUUCCAGCGACAGUGACGAAGAAGACGACGUAGAUGACAAAGAGACUAAACAGCAUUCCACUACAAAGACCAGCCCCACAGAAAAACACAUACAGGCUUCCGGACACACGGUGACUAAAAAGAAGGCCGUUAGUGCAGCCUCCAACCCAACCAAGAGCAAAAGAGGUGUCAUAUACGUCGGACGCAUUCCCCACGGGUUCUACGAAGCCGAAAUGAAGAAGUAUUUCACACAGUUUGGAGACAUCACCCGUUUGAGAUUGUCGAGAAACAAAAAGACUGGUAAGUCGAAGCACUAUGGGUUCAUCGAAUUUGCCCACCAUAACGUGGCCAAGGUCGCGGCCGAGACCAUGAACAACUACCUCUUGUUCGGUCACUUGUUAAAGGUCCACUUGGUCGAAGAUCCUAACAUUCACGAAGACUUGUUCCAAGGUGCCAACAUGAAAUACAAGGUGAUUCCAUGGAAAAAAAUCGGCCAGAACAAGAACGAUGCCGCAAGAUCAAAGGAAAAAUGGGACACAUUGUCGCAAAAAUGGUCCAAGAAGAGAGCUCUCAAACAAAAACAGUUAUCGGACAAGGGUAUCGACUUUGACUUGUCAACUAUAUAG